GCCGCCACCGAUGCGUCCAUGCCGUCGUGUGUCGCUGAUAGAGGAAGAGGAGCGCGAACCAGAGCCAUGCAAGGGAGGAGCAAAGUGCGCACAGGGGAGGAGUCACCGCUACCAUGGUUAAGGUCGCCGACGUCAUCCUCACCGCAAGCCAGAGUCACCGUCAUCCAUGGUGGAGCCAAGGAGAGAGAGGGUCCGCGGGGAAAGGAAGGCUGUUCGCGUUCUGCCGCCGCUGUUGGAAGGAUGGCCGCCCUCGCCGAUUUACUCGCCGCCGUUUAUGCUUGCCGCUACAUCGCCGGAGCUCCACGCCGCCGCCGGAACCCGUCUUCUUGGUUCGAGUUCCGGUAUUUACGCGUCGAAAUUAAGGUUGUUGUCGAACCACCGGAGCUUCUGGUAGCCGCCUUCACUAGAGGUAAUUGCCGAAGCUGCCGCCUGAUUGGUCAGAGGGUUGCUGCUGCCUUCCGGGCCAGAUUCACCGAUUAAUGCUACCGCCGCCACUGGCUUGUCAUUUCUGCUCGACUGUGCCCUUAUUUGCCGUUCUGAUUGUUGAAAGGAAAUGUUGUCGAAGCUAUAGCUUCUCCGUUCCCCAUUCUCUUGUUCCUUUUCUGGUAAGACAAAUUCUGUCGUGCUUUAUCUCGCCAUAAUACUCCAUUCCGACUCUUGUUUUAUUAGUGCGUAAUGUUCCUC